AACUUCCUGGUACGUGACUGGGGCUUCCCUUAUGAAAUACCCUAUGGACAUCAAGGUGGACAGCAGCUUCUUGAUGAUAUUUUACAGAUAUUGAGGAGCAGUUCGUAAACCACUUGAAAAUUCUGGUGCCGCGACUGCUCAGUGCCGAGAAUUUGGUCAAGAAAGAGAUUGGCGGACAACCCGUGAAGGCGCGUGACCUCCUCAAGUUCUUCACGCUCUUCAUGGAGGUGUUCAAGGACAAUGAUCUCCCAGAGCCAACAACCCUCGUCGAGUUUGCUGCCCAGGCCAGUAGUCAGGCAGCCCUUGAGGCUGGCAAAGAGUACUACUCGGAAGCCAUGGAAGAUUUAGUUGGGGGUGACCGACCUUACCUAAAGACUGUCCAGAUGGAAUCAGAGCACAAGAAGUUAAAGGAAAAGGCUUUCAUGACCUACCUGGAGAAAAACAAAUAUGGCAGAAAGAAUCAGAGCGUUGUUGAACGAUACCAAGGCAUGCUAGAGGAAGAAAUCGAGAAGAUAUUUGUAAAGUAUUCGCAGCAAAAUGAGGCUAAGAAUGUCUUUAAGGCUGCCCGUACUCCUGCUACUCUGUUUUCAGUUUUGAUGUUCUUCUACCUAAUGUCAGGCGUUUUUGGUUUGUUUGGCAUGUAUUCCUUUGCCAACAUGUGCAACCUGGGUAUGGGGGCCUUUUUGCUGCUACUGACUGUGUGGGCCUAUGUUAGAUACAGCGGAGAAUAUCGUGAUGCUGGAGUGUACAUUGAUGAAGUGGCAACAUUUUUAUGGGAAAAUGUCAUACACCCUGUUUACCAGACUUACAUGGAAAAACAUUUGAAGGUGGCAGCAGAACAAGCAGCACAGCAAGCAAUCUCAAGCACUCUCUCUAAUGGAAAACUGAAGUCUUCGUGAUCCUUCACUCUUGUCAUCCCUAGAAUACAUUGACACUCACUAACUUUAUUUAAUCUGAAGUGGAUUUUUCUUUCAUAACCUAGGAAUUACUGGAAAUGAUAACCAACAAUAAUAUUUGUGAUAGUAAAUAAUAGAGAAGGCCCUAUCCAUUAAUAAUAUUCUCAUUAUUUUUACACUGCUUUUGUUUUCUAUUUAUGUUCAUGUAUAUUACAUUAAUAUUUUAAACAUGCUUGCUUUUCAUAUUGGUAAUUUUAAACGAAUUGGUUCUAAAAACCAUUUGAGUUAGAGCUGGAUAAUGUGUGUGUGUGUUUGUGUGAAGGAAUAUUUUAGCAUUGAUGCUUUGAGCUAGUCUUUGGAAGUUCUCUUUUGUGCUAAGAUUCUUGUCCAGCAGGAUUAUAACCAGACAUCAUUUUUCCUUUCAAGUGCCAAAUAUCUUUCAGAAUAGUGCAAAGUGUUCUUUUUUUCCUUAUUGGUCAGCUUUUUUGUUGAUAUAAAUCGUGUUUCUUUGUUUUGUUUUUGUUUUUAAUGAUUAUUGAGAAGAAAGGAAGCACAAACUUUACUCCUUACAUUUUUACAAGACUUAGAAACAUGUUCCUGCUUGUUGAUUAUUGAAUGAACACAUUUAGUUGGGCAAGGCUUUGUAAUAAUUUAUGUUGGCAUAUAUGUAUAUCGAUAUUAAAAAUAAUUAGUUGGGUGAGUGCUGGACAUGUUCUGUAUGUAGUUAUCAAGCAUAGUGCACUCCAUGAUAGGAUUUGUAGAUUAAUUCUCCAUAUUUCAAAUAUUUUUUGAUAAUGGUUUUCAAAAUUUGUAAAUGCCAAACUUCCAUUGUGAUCAUUAUAUAUGAUGAAAGGUAACUAUCCAGGUUUGUUAAUCAGGCAUGGAUCUUUUGAUAAAUUUGAAAUUCUAGAAUGAUCACAUUUAUAUUGUAACAAGAUUGCUUAUGAAUAAUCAGUUGAAGGAAGAAUAAAUUAGAAUGUUGGGAGAACAGAGGUUGCCUGUGGUAUGCUUGUAAGGGGAAAAAGAUACUGUAUGUGUAUUUUACCCUUAAUUAGCAUUACACAGCAGCAAGCUGUGCCAAUGUUAUGAGGUAGUGUAUUACGCUUACAUAAAGACCCUUGAAAAUGUUAAUAUUCCUAAUUUGUUUUUCUUGUAUUCUUGCACUUCAUGGUUGGUACUAUACACUUGCCUAUCCUUAUAAUGUUCCUCCUAAAACAUGUUAAUAAAAAGAGAAAAUUAAGUUGUUGAUGGAAAUGUUUCAUCUUAAAUAUAUAUUUAAAAAUCUGACAAAUAUAUUAUAUCAUAUUUAGUGUUUUGUCUCUGAAGGGUUAAGUUUUGUAUGGAAAGUGUUUUAUGUGCAUGUGCAGUUAGUUGGAAUUUUCUUGAUAGUGUGUGUUGUAGAUAUUGAUCCACUAACAUUGUACAUAUAUAAAUGUUGUAUAGAUUAAAGUAAUUGAUUGUUAUAACAUCGCAAAGUCAAGUGUUGCAUGGCCAAAGUAACUGCAUGUAACUUUGUAAUGAACUCAGUAUUUUGAAAUGAAAAAAAAAAUGCCAUGCUUCAGUACACAAGAGCUGUUGCAGUUGCAGUCUAUUUUGGUGCAGUGGUCAUUAAUGACUACGUCCAUGAUACUUGGACACUCAUUGACUGUGUUGCUUAUGUUGUUGAAAAUGGAUGUGGUAUUUUAAAAACUGAAAGAGGACAAGGAAAUUUAAAUAUUUUGUUCUUUUCCCAGGAAGGAUUGCCAAAUGAGUGUGCAAUAUGAUAUUGGUUGUUCAGAGAGUUUAUAUAACCAUUUAGCCAAAAGAUAUAGUUUGCUGUAUACAAAAAAAUACCCUCAAGCAAAGCUGAGGCGGAAAUUAACAAGUAAAUCAAUACCAUUAAAUUUCAGUUGUAUUGUGUAGAUUGUGUAGUUUCUCAUCUUUUUAUAAUUCAUAUAUACUACUAUUUGGUAAUCUUUUUGAUCAGAAGCCAAAUGAAUUCCCAUUGUAUUUCCAUGUCUAAAAAGUAUGAACAUUGCUCUUCCUUAAAUAUUACAUUCAAAUAUAGUCACGUAUUGUUGAAUGUAGCAGUUACAGAAAGUAAGAUAUAAAGCUUUGUUUUAUGUCAAUUCAUAUUUACCUUGAGCCCUUCACAAUGGUAUGAUCUUUACUUAUCUUUACAACAUUGCAUGUUUGGGUAAUUAUUUUUAUUUGUUUUGUAAUUGUUUCUCUAAACUUCUUUCAUUUAAAAUGCCACAGGUAAUGUUAUAAUAUAAUAUAAGCUACCAAUAUUGGCAGAUCUCACUGUAGUCUGCCAAAAGUGCCUUGCCAUCUCCAGGAGGAUUGUUUGUUAAAAGUAGCUAAUACAUAGUUCUGUUGUACAAGAUGAUCCACCUUCUCACUGACAACAAUUCUACACUUCUGUAAGAUGAAGUUUGAAACAGGAAUAAAUCCUCAGACACACUUGCCUGAAUCAUUGCUCAGAGCUCUAGUAUUGGUGACUUGUGAAAGAUGGAUGGUCUCUUAAAUUUCUUUUAGUAUGGUUCUAAAUUUUGGAUAUUUUUGUGUUAAUAAAGUUUAUACAGACUU